UGCUGUAGUUUUCGAGAGAUGUCGCCUGAAAUUUGCGCAUGCGUAGGAGGACAAAGAGAUUAGCGUUGGUGCGCAAGGUAAACUUGGAUCCUAGACAGAACUCGAGGAAAUACUGGCGAUAAAACAUUUAAGAUAUCCCACUGCGCUAACACAAUAACAAUGCAAUUCCCGUUUGUAAUACAGUUACAAAGUUGUUAUUUUAAACUGUUUAUUCUGUCGCACCAUUGUUAAACAAGUUUACCUCGAAAUCCCCAUUCCUCCAAGAUUAAGCUGUGACUCGACACAGGUGAAGGGUAUGAAUACUUCUCCCACUACACAUCUCAGUCAGCACUGCAGCAAGAAAGGUUAAUCUCCACCCGAUCCCAUCCAACUCUCCAGCUUCCCACAUUCCUCAGGUGGCACUGCGCGCGUAUGUGUGCGCGUGUAUGUGAGAGAGAGGAAGACAGAGAGUACUCUGGCCUCUAGCAGUUACAUAGCGUAAUUUGGCCUCUUUGAGUCAGUCUGACUUCCCGAAGAAGAGCUAAAUCAACACCGUUUGUUUUUCCCUCUUGCGAAUCAGAUGAGUGUUGCACAAGCCGCCGGUAGCAGGGAGCUCGGGGAGCGCAACCCCGGGUAUCAGGACGUGGACGGCGAUGGGUCAGCGGCGGACACCGUCAACCUCGAAGAGCCCGAGGAGAGGCGCGACACCACCACGCUGAAUUUGGACGCGGACGCGGAAUACAAGCAGAUCAAGCCGUACCCCGGGAUGCCCAAGGAGGUGGUGCUGCAGCACUCCUCCAAGGCCCGGUACCGGGUGCCCCGGGAGAUCAUGUUCUGGCUGAUGGUGGCGUGCACCCUGGCGCUGGUGGCGAUCACCGUCACGGUGAUCGCGCUGUCUCCGCGAUGCCUGAAGUGGUGGCAGGUCUCCCCGGUGUACCAGGUUUAUCUCCAGUCCUUCAAGGACUCCGACGGAGAUGGGGUCGGAGACCUCAAAGGCAUUCAGGAGCAGCUGGAUCACUUCCAGUACCUGAACAUCAAGUCAGUGUGGGUCAGUCCUUUCUACUGCUCUCCCAUGAGGGACUCCGGCUACGAUGUGGAAGAUUUCCGGGCCGUUGACCCGCUCUUUGGAACAAUUCAAGACUUUGAAGAGCUUCUGGCUCAAAUGCACAACAAAGGUUUGAAGCUGAUCAUGGAUUUCAUUCCCAAUCAUACCAGCGACCGUCACCGCUGGUUUAACUUGAGCCGGACUGGAGACCCUCACUACAAGGAUUACUACGUCUGGACCGACUGCAAUGGAUCCGCUCCGAGGCCUAAUAAUUGGGUGAGUGUGUUUGGGAAAUCGGCAUGGACUUAUGAUGAAGUCAGAGGACAAUGCUACCUGCACCAGUUCCUCAAGGAGCAGCCGGACCUGAACUUCAGAAACCCACAUGUCCGCAAAGAGAUGACUGAUAUCAUUCGUUUCUGGCUGGAGAAGGGAGUGGACGGGUUCCGGAUGGGUGCAGUGAAGCGCCUCAUGGAGGCUGCACACUUGAGGGAUGAACCACAGGUGGACCCAAACAAAGCACCAGAGUCUGUGGCCUCAGAGUGGGACCUCCACCAUGACUACACCACCAGUCAGCUGGGCCUGCACGACCUGCUGAGGGACUGGAGGGCUGAGAUGGAUGUCUACAGCCGUGAGCCUGGCCGAUACAGGUUCAUGGUGUCGGAGUCUUAUGAUUACCACGAGGUGGACAAGACCAUGAUGUACUAUGGCACCCCGCUGGUUAAAGAAAGUGACUUGCCCUUUAACUUUUACCUGCUGGACCUGCCUCAGAACAACAGUGGCUCGUGGGUUAAACAUCUGGUCCAGCUGUGGAUGGCCAACAUGCCCAGGGGACAAUGGGCCACCUGGCUGGUUGGGAACCACGACAAGCCUCGGAUUGCCUCCACUGCUGGUCAGACCUACAUUCGUGUCAUCAACAUGCUGCUGCUGACCCUCCCAGGCACGCCCACCACCUACUACGGCGAGGAGAUAGGCAUGGAGAACAUUAACGUCACAGACAGUCAGACACAGGACCUUGCUGGCAAAUACAAUGCGAGUGCCAGUCGGGACCCUCAGCGGUCUCCAAUGCAGUGGAGCGGUGACAUGAACGCAGGCUUUAACAACAAAACCAACAUCACCUGGUUGCCUGUACACCCUAAUUACACAAGCAUCAAUGUGGAGGUCCAGAGGGAAGAUGAAGGGUCUGUUCUGGCUCAGUACCGUUUCCUGACCGCCCUGCGUCAGUCAGAGCUCGCCCUUCAACGCGGAUGGUUCUGCUACGUCCACGCCGAUGCCAGUGUCUUCUCGUACCUCAGAGAGCUGGAUGGGCUUAACCGAGCUUUCCUCAUGGUGCUUAACUUUGGUAAAGAAUCCACCAUCACAGAUCUCUCCUCUGUUCGUGAGCUACCAGACCAGCUAAAGGUGCUGAAGAGCACCAACCAAGUCAACGACGGCAAGGCGUUACAAAAGUCUGGUAUCCCGACGGAGGCAGGAGAGAGUUUGGUGAUUCAGUACUCCACCAGCACUCGGUUUAAUCCGAACCACCCAGAACAGUGCUACGUCUCUGAGAAGGCCUGCUAUUUGAGUGUCAUGGAUAUACUUUAUAAAUGCUAAAAUGAAAAGUUAUUAAAGUUCACAGCAGCAAUCAAACGAUCAAGAUUCUUUUUCUCUGUACGAGAUCCAUGUCAUAUAAUAAAGAGGACCAUUGCAGAUACAUUCACUGUUGAUGUGGAUUAAGAUUUGGGCUCAUACUGUGGUCAUGAUGGCAGAUGUUUAGGUCAUUGUGGUUAGAUUCCUGAUUUCCCCCUCAUAGCUGUGCUAUCUCUUCCUCCUGCGUGGAGGCCGAGGAGGGUCCAGGUCCAGCUCUGUGUGUAGGAACGCUAGCGUGAGGGCUUCCUGAGUCGGGAAGAGAAGACAGAGGACACAUUUCUCAGUCCGUACCCAACAACUCAACCGAUAAAACUAAUGUCAGUGUUCACAAUGUGAGAAAAGGGUUUGUAUGAAAUUCUCUUUACAGUAUUGUCACUUUUCAGCAUGGAUGUGUAUUUUCAGUGGGUUUAAGAGCAUCUGGCCAAGCAAAAUCACUGAGAGAAUAAUAAUCAAAUAGAACUGCUUGUGUCUAAAUCGCCUUAUUUGUGGAUAUAUUUGGAAGCACAUAUUUAAAAAGCUCCACUUUAAAAACUUAAAAAUGCUUCAAAUCCCUUUUAGAGAGAGGAGAGUGCAUUACCUCCUCCAGCAUCAACUCAAAGUCAUCUGGUCCGUGGUGAUUUGCUCCAGGUUGAAUAUUCAGAACUACGUUUGGUGCUGGUUCACAUUCUGAAAGAACGAGGAACACGGAGGUCAAAGGCAAAAUGGGGGACAUUGUUUCAAACUUCCUCCCCUUAUCUUAUUGUAUGCCCACUUUC